AUGAAACCAUCAUGGAUCAAGCAGUUGACUGUUCCGCUGAUAUCAGCGCCCAUGUUCUUGGUCUCUAGUCCCAAAACUGUGCUUCCUGCUUGCCGUGCUGGUAUUGUCAUCAAACAUAUUCAGGAAAUACAGGCUGGACUGGAAGAAUCGAAUCACAACUUCAACGCUGGAAGGACGAAAAUACGACCUGCUCCAUAUGCAGUUAACCUAAUUGUUCAUAAAACGAAUCCACGACUGGCUAAAAACUUGGAAGUUGUGGUCAAAAACAAGGUUCCUGUCGUUAUUACUUCUCUCGGGGCUGCCAAGGAUGUCAUUGAAGCCGUGCAUUCCUACGGAGGAGUCGUGUUUCAUGACGUGAUUAACAGCAUUCACGCUGAAAAGGCUGCAAAAGCUGGUGUUGAUGGGCUGAGUGCUGCUUGCGCUGGUGCUGGAGGUCAUGCUGGUGCUAUUAGUCCCUUUGCGCUCAUGCCACAGUUGAGAACAUUCUUCAAGGGCACAAUUCUCUUGGCCGGAUCAGUCUCAGACGGUGCAGGUAUUAGAGCAGCUCAAACAUUAGGAGCUGAUAUGGCUUACGUGAGUACUAGAUUCGUCGCAACACUAGAUUCAGGUGCAGCCGAAGGAUGCAAAUAG